AGUUGUCGUAGAAGAUCAGACCGGAUUACUUCGAGUAAAGCUGCCGGAGAAACGCGUGCAGAAAGUGAAAUUUUCAUUGCAACAAUGUUGAGACGAAUGUUUGCCGUGGCCAUCAUUGCCAUGACUUUGUUGGAAAAUAUUCGAGCCCAACGGCCCUCCUUUGCGGGAUUGAGGCCACCAGGUGGACUAAGUCAGAAGGACAAGUACCACGCAACUCAAAACACAGCCGUCGAGAAUAUCACCGGAGUGGACAUAGCUACGAGAUUUGGAGAGCCAUCCAGUUCGCAGAGGCCAGCUCUAGUCAAUCUACCGUUUGGAGCCUCCCAGAAGCCGCCGAUUGGAGUUCCCCUAGUACUGCCAAUAAGUGGGUCUGCUGCGGAGGCGGCUCCCACAGUGGCCAACCGAUUUGGAGCAGAGGACAGUCCACAGUUCACAACGCAGCCCACCAGUUCCACAGCCGGAAGACCCGCAACAUCAGUGGCCCCCGUUUUCAACCAGCUGCCCAUCGAUGCCCAUGGUGACCGCGAGUGGGUCAACCACUUGAGUCAGCUGCCCGUGGAGCAGCAGCCCUUCUGGUUCAUUAAUUACCAGGCCAUUGAGGCCCAUCGGAAUAGCUCGAGACCGAAUGUGGGUGGCCUGGAGACGCGGGCAUCUUUCUUCCGCGGUUAACUAUUGAAAUUAAUAACAACAAUGAGAUUUUUACUUACUCAAAUAUGUGCGAAUUU